AUGAAGAUUUCGUCCGCUCUCGUUGCCACUGGAAUUCUUUCCAGCGCCGCAUUGGCUCAUCCUGGCGGGCACCAUGUCCCUCGUGCUGUGGUGCAGCGCCGCGCUGCCCUAUCUCAGAACUGCGCUCCGCAGGUAGCUCAGUAUAACGAGAAGAGAUAUGCCAAAAGGAUGCAGAAGCGCUCGUUGAACCUAGAACAACGUUCCGGCAACACUACGUACCAAAUCACAACCGAAGCUCCCUACUACGACGUCAUCCAGAACGACACCUGCGUGUUGGACCCCGAGGUGACCCAGGGUCCGUACGUCUGGCCUCGUUCCCAGACCCUGCGUCAGGACAUGUCUGAGGGCCAAGCCGGCGUCCCUCUUUGGCUUGACGUCGGUGUUCUCGACAUGGCCACCUGCGAGCCGUUGGAGAACGCCCUGGUCAGCUUCUGGCACUGCAACGCUACCGGCAGCUACUCCAGCUUCACGGGGCUCUCGCCCAACACGCCCUUCAAGCAGCUCCUCGAGCAGCUCGGCGUCAACAACUUCACGAUCGGCGAGACGGAUCUGCACACGGACAACACGACGUUCCUGCGCGGCAUGUGGCCGACGGACGCGAACGGCAUGCUCGAGAUGAAGACCAUCUUCCCGGGCUUCUACGUCGAGCGCGCGGUGCACAUCCACACGCAGGUCUACACGGACUGGGUGCUGCACGCCAACGGCACCGUGUCGUCGGGCAACAUUGUCAGCACCGGCCAGCUGUACUUCCCCGAGGACACCAACGAGAAGAUCAUGGCGCUUGAGCCGUACAGCACGCACACGGAGAUCGAGAGGACGACCAACGAUGUUGACUCUAUCAUCGCUCAGGGCUACGAGGGCGGGUAUAACCCGGUUGUUAGCGUCGUGCCUGCUGAUGGCGAGAAUCCUGAGAACGGUCUGAUUGGAUAUAUUACCAUGGGCGUGGAUACGACUGCUUUUGAGACUACGGACUGA